AAAAAAAAAAAAAAGUACUUUUCUUUUAUAUAAUAAAUGAUAAAUAAGACAAAUACGGAUGAUACUCAUGCUCAAUCUUAUUUUGUUAGCUCACCAUCUUUAAAUAAUAACUCAAUGCCAUCUUCAAAUACUCCAUUUCAAGAACAUUUAAAUGAGUGGGAUUCACAUGAAAUGCAUCAACGUCAUGUACAUGGUUUUCAAAAAGCGCAUUCAGCCGAUUCCCCACCUAUAAAUAUACCUACUACUAAUAAUGAAGCAUAUUAUUCACCAGCACCAACACCAGCACCAGCAGUUUCCCCUUAUUAUAAUACAGGACAACAACCUUAUUAUAACACUGGACAACAGCCUUAUUAUCCUAACACUGGACAGCAGCCUUAUUACUACUACAACAACAACAACAAUAAUAAUAAUAUCGGAUUAACAUCACCUCCAACUCAACAAUAUCAUGAUUCACAACCUAUGAUAGGACAACAGUAUCCGUUAAUACAAACCCAAUCAAUAGAACAAAAUCAACUUUAUACUAAUCGAAAUCUAUUUUUAAGGUUCUUUAUUGGACCUGUUCGAUCUGCUUAUUUUAGUUAUAUAUCAGCUAUGGCUAUGGCUGGUGCCUUAAUUUUUGAAUUCGUACGAUAUCAUCAAUUAACAGGCAGAAUAAUCGAAACAAAUCCAUUUAAUCCAAUGAUAGGUCCUAGUUUUCAAGUGUUAGUCAAUAUAGGCGCACGAUUUACUCCAUGUAUUCGAUCUAUACCAAGUUUUCCAUCAACAACAACUAUCGGAAAUUGUUAUAAACUUCAGAGUGAUACCUGUACGUUAGAGCAAUUAUGUGGUUUUAAUGGCUUUAGUCAUGGUGAUACACCUGACCAAAGCUUUCGUUUUGUUUUACCUAUAUUUUUACAUGCGGGCGUUAUUCAUUAUCUUAUCAAUAUGCUUACUCAUCUAAGGCUUGGCGUUGAUUUAGAAAGAUCAUUGGGUACUGUACGUUAUAUGGUCCUCUAUAUGGCUUCAGGUAUUUGGGGCUUCGUGCUAUCAGCUAUGUUUUCCCCAAAUUUAACUGCCUCUAUGGGUUGUUCAGGUGCUUUAUUUGGUUUGAUUGGAUACAUGUUUAUUGAUGUUUUAGUAAAUUGGAAAUUAUUACCGCAUCCCGUACGUGAUUUGAUAAGCUUAUUCAUCUCUACCAUUAUUUCACUUGCCCUUGGUCUAUUACCCGGUCUUGAUAAUUUUGCUCAUAUUGGCGGAUUUGCAGUUGGUCUUUCUAUGGGUAUGAUGAUUGCGCCCAUGCGGCCAUUGGCUUCUAAAAGAAGAAAAAUUGUUACUUGGAUAUUAAGAUUAGUGGCUUUAGCUAUAGUAGCAGUUCUAUAUAUUGUAUCUAUUCGUGAAUUUUACUCAGCCAAAGAUCCGAGCAAAAUAUGUCCAAAUUGUAAAUAUUUAUCUUGUUUACCAGUGUACAAUUGGUGUGAUCCAAUCUAAAAAAGCAUAUCAAAUACAAUACUUAUUAGUAAUAUAUAUCUAUCUAUAUAUAAAAGGUGCAUGUCUUGAUAUUAUUUUGUGACAUGUUAUCUUCAAUAAUUGUAAUGACACAACACUAUUUAUCAGAUUUUUAUUUGUUUAUAAAUACAAGCUAUUUUUUUUUUUUU